CCGUAGCAGCAUGGCGGCCACGGAGGACGAGCGGCCGGCGGGGAUAGCUGAGGGAGAGCGGCUGGAUUUCCUGCGGGACCGGCACGUGCGGUUCUUCCAGCGCUGCCUCCAGGUCUUGCCGGAGCGCUACUCUUCGCUGGAGACCAGCAGGUUGACUAUUGCAUUUUUUGCACUCUCUGGACUAGAUAUGUUGGACUCCUUAGACGUGGUGAACAAAGAUGAUAUAAUAGAGUGGAUUUACUCCCUGCAGGUCCUUCCCACAGAAGACAGAUCAAAUCUAAAUCGCUGUGGUUUCCGAGGCUCUUCCUACCUGGGUAUUCCAUUCAAUCCAUCAAAGAAUCCUGGAACCGCUCAUCCUUAUGAUAGUGGCCACAUAGCAAUGACCUACACUGGCCUUUCAUGCCUAGUUAUUCUUGGAGACGACCUAAGCCGAGUAAAUAAAGAAGCUUGCUUAGCAGGCUUGAGAGCCCUUCAGCUAGAAGAUGGAAGUUUUUGUGCAGUACCUGAAGGCAGUGAAAAUGACAUGCGAUUUGUAUACUGUGCUUCCUGUAUUUGCUAUAUGCUCAACAACUGGUCCGGCAUGGAUAUGAAAAAAGCCAUCAGCUAUAUUAGAAGAAGUAUGUCCUAUGACAAUGGCUUGGCGCAAGGAGCUGGACUUGAGUCUCAUGGAGGAUCAACUUUUUGUGGCAUUGCAUCACUGUGCCUGAUGGGUAAACUAGAAGAAGUUUUUUCAGAAAAAGAAUUGAACAGGAUAAAGAGAUGGUGUAUAAUGAGGCAACAAAAUGGUUAUCACGGAAGACCUAAUAAGCCUGUUGACACCUGUUAUUCUUUUUGGGUGGGAGCAACUUUAAAGCUUCUGAAAAUUUUCCAGUACACUAACUUUGAAAAAAAUCGAAAUUACAUCUUAUCAACUCAAGAUCGCCUUGUAGGGGGAUUUGCCAAGUGGCCAGAUAGUCAUCCAGAUGCUUUGCAUGCAUACUUUGGAAUUUGUGGCCUGUCACUAAUGGAGGAAAGUGGCAUUUGUAAAGUUCAUCCUGCUCUGAAUGUAAGCACACGGACUUCUGAACGCCUACGAGAUCUCCAUCAGAGUUGGAAAACCAAGGACUCUAAACAAUGCUCAGAGAAUGUACACAUCUCCACAUGACUGACUUUAGAUUGGGAAGCGGGGUGGGGGGAUUUGUAGCGUAACUGUAGCUCAAGGUUAAAAGCCAUGUAUAACCAAGUGUGCUCUUUUUUUCAGAGGUAGAGUCUUACAAUCGAAUCUUGUGCCGAUGUCACUUUGGUAUAUGGUCUUGAGCCAGUAACCUUUGUACUAGGUUUCAAGAAAAUCUUUGUUGGAGUUUGAACCACGGUGGACUCUGUUGUGGUUCUUAAUGUUUAUACUGUAUUUCUAAGUUCUUUGAGGUAAAUUAACUGUAUGUAUGUAGGUUUAUCUUUUUAAAAAACUCUUCAGUACAAAAUUGUAUCAUAUUAUAAAAUGGACACAAAUCUUCAAAAGAAGUUUACAGUUCACAUAGCUGUGAUAAUCGGAUGAACACUUAGUGAUCAUUUAAAAAGCUUGACUGCUGAUGGUAGAACAUUGCUUUAAUGAAUUAAGUAUCUGGGAUUAUUCUUUGAAAACAGAUGAUCCCAUAAUUUUUAAAAAGAAUGACUUAUUUUGUCUUUUUCUUAAGUAAAAUGUGCCAAUUAAACUUUUGUGGCCUGUAUAAAUGAAAGUAACUUCAUAGCAAAAAUGAAUAGGCUUAACUAAUCUAAUAAUUUUCUAACAGAUUGUUUUAAGAAGACUAUUAUGUAAUUGAAGGAAAAGUAAUUUAACUAUGUGAUCAUGAAUGGGAAAGUUUUGUGCUGUGUGGGUCAUUUAUUUUAGAUGUUGCUGAGGUCAGUAAUAGUUAUGUUUGAUUUUAAUCUCAAAUCAUUAGUUGCUUUUUUGCAGAGAAAAUAGUCAUCUGUAAGGGAAGACAUUUAGUGAUUUUAUUUUUCUGAGAUACAUGAUAUUGUAAAAUGUACUUUUAUAACUGAGUUAUUUUUAGCCACUUGAAUUUUUUUUCUUUAGUUUGUUGCCACUAGUGUGCUAGCUGCUCUAAUUUGAAACUGAUGGUUUUCUAAUUUUUUCAAAGUAAAUAAGUAAACAUUUAAGUAAAAAAAAAAAAGAGCACCACUUAACUAAAUUUAAUGGUAUCACUCCAUACGUGGUCAUUUAUAUUUUUGUAUUUUCAGGUAAGUGGGAGGGAAACGUACUAUUUAGGGGUUAAGGACUGGGAUUUUGCUUUGUUUUGUUUUCUUCAUUCUAUGACCUAGCUAAUUGUAAUGAAGUUAAAGUCUUGGUGAUAAUAAAUAUUGGCUUAUUAGUUUUAAAAGUAUCAGUAUAAAAAUUAAAUUACUACUAUCACUGUUUAGGUAUUGUAAUACUUAAAUUUUUAUUUUUAUUUCUUAGAGUAAAGAAAAAACCCUUAAAUAAUGGCCCUUCCCAAAGGAAAUCUAGUGUAUAUUUGGAAAAAUGGUUCAUUUCUUAUUGGCAUGCUUAGUUUUAAACCUCAAUUUGCCAAAGUCAACCUUUUUUUUAAAAUUAGAAAUAAAUCCAAUUUUCUGAUGGUAGGGAAAAAAUAAGCUUAACAACAGAUGUCAUCUUUCCAUAUGUUAUUCCAGUUGCACCUGUUUAAGUCCUGACAAAUUAGGACGUCUAUGUCUCAAACUAAGUCAUCUCUUAGACAUGAGGAAUUAAAAUGGUAUGUAUGCUUUAGAACUAUAUAAAAAGCCCAAAUUGUUUUUCCUGAAUUGCCAUUCAUGGUUGGAAUUGCCAUAUUAAUAAAUGAAGGAGAAUUUCAAGGUUGGAGUAUUUCAUAAAACUAUUAAGAAAUAUUUUCUAACUCCUUGUAUAAUUUAAUAGCAUAGGAUUAUAUAUUACAAUAUAAUUCUAAUUGAUAUACUUGUGAGAGGCCAUCUUGUGAAACUUUAUGGACCAGUGAAUGUUCACAUUCCACAGCAGCAUAUUGACCAAAACAGUACCAGGCCAUUGUGAAUUGUGGAGAAACUAUUCAUAACUUUUGUAAAUAGUUACUCACCACAAAAAAAAGUAUUAAUAAAUUAUAAGCAAUACUUUUUAUAUAUAUACAUAUAUACAUAUGUGUGUGUGUGUGUAUAUAUAUGUAUGUAUAUAUAUAUAUUUUGUUCUUUGGCAGUGGUGAUAGAAUGAAAAGGAGAAUAUGAAGUCUUGAGUAAAUCUAUUCCCUGUGCUCUGCCUCCUAUCCCUAGUAUGGUAUUUUUUAGAAGAUGAUAGGAGAUACUUUGUUUUGAGCACAUGUAUGAAAACAAGAUGAAUCAGGUCAUAUAGCUGUUUAUCAUUUACAGUGUUUUUAGAUUUGACCUAUAAUAUAUAUACAUUUUUAUUAGAUCUUUAAAUAAUUAUUUAUCAAUAUUUAAAAUCAGAUAGAAAUUUUAGUGAAAAUGGUAUAUAAUUAGAAACUGGAUAAUAUUGAGAGUCAAUUUAGUAAGGAGGUGCUCUGGACUUGGGUUUAAAUCCCAGACUGUGAGUUCACCAGUGAAAUCUUGAGCCCUAACUUCCCCUUUGAUAAAAUGAGGGAGGAGAAAUCUAAGUCAUGAGUUUGUCUGAGGAUUAAAUGAGAUAAUACAUAUUAAGUACUUAACCUAGUACCUGAAAUGCAGUAAAUUCUUAGUUAUAAUUUCUGUCAUAACCAUCAUAAAAUUGUUAUUUAAACCUCUUUUCUCUAACAGAGACCUUACAGAUCUCUCAAGGAAGAUGAUGGCUUCUUUUUUGUAGUUUUUUUUAAUCUCCCCAGAAGAAUACAGAAUAACUAGGAUAGCCACAUAUCCUAGUCUGCAAAACUAGGUGUCACGGUGUCCCCAUGAACUUCAAAAUAUAAUUUUAUAAGGACAAACCACUAACCAACAUCAUUUUAGCAUCCUUGUGGGAGGAAGUAAAAGGCAGGCAGCUGCUUUCUGACAGCCAUGAGAAUAGAACUGUAACAUUGCCCACAGUUUCUCGCUAGAAAGUUCAGUGGCCCCAUCUGAGAACAAAAGCUGAAAGUGGGAGGGCUUCUAUAGGUCCCUGUUAGCUAAGUGUUAGAGCAGUGUAGUACAGUCUGAUGACUAUGCUAGAGCAGUCCGAGCCCUGUCCUGUAUACAUCUUAAAACUAACAAGACAAAGCCUAGGUAGAAUUAGAAUCCAUAUUGGACAGAACUGUCAAUAGGAUAAAGAGAAGAGAGUCCAGGUAAGCAUUGGGAGGGAAAGCCAAUAUACAUAGACAUUAUAUCUGGACAUGUAUAAUUUUUAAAAGUACUUUGUGAAGAUGAAACAGAAGCUUUAGGGCCAUAGAGCGAAGAAAAGUCAUCCUAGGGUACCCUUCCCUCCUCAAAUUACAAGAAAACUCAAUUCACACUCACACACACAAAUGAGAAGGAUUACAAUCAAAUCUCAUUUAAUUUUAAUAAACAAGAGAAUAAGCAGACCAGUAUCCCUACAGACGAUGAAAGUACAUCAGAAGGACAUGACCACAAGACUGAUGAAAGCCUAAUUUUUUUUAAAAAAGCCAUUAUGAUAGGAAAUUUAUAGUUUUAGAACUAUAUCAAUAAAAAUGGGAAAAGCUAAAAAUUAAGCAACGAAGUCUUAAAAACUGGGUGAAAAAGCAAAUUUCCAGAAGUAAGUAGAAGGAAAGGAUUAAUAAAAAGGGGGAAGGCCAUAAGAUAAGAUAGAUAAGUCACUGGCCAACUUACUCAAGAGAAGAAGGGAGGAAGCAAAAACGAAUAUCUAAAUGACAAGAGAACCAUAAAGUAAGGAAAUUUUCAAAAUUAUAACACUACUUUGAAUAAUUUUAUAUAAUAAAUUAGAAAAUAAUAACUUUAGAAAAAUGCAAAUUGCCAAGAUUUACCCUAGUAGAUACAUACAGAAAUUCAAAACAAAUGUGCACUUUACAAAAAGCAUCAGGCCCAGAUUGUUUCAAGGGUUUUUCUACCAAACCUUCAUGAUUAAAUAAUCCCAGCGUUGUUUAAACAAUUCCAGGGGCUAUAAAAAGAAUCUUGAAUCUCAGAGGGCAAAAAACACAAAAAAGACUUUCAAAUUCAUCUUAUAAAGUGAAUAUGAUAGCAUUGUUUCUAAAACCUGGCAGAUAGUACCAAAGAGAAAACUAUAGAUCGCUCUCACAAAUAUAUCAGUGCAAAAAUGUUAACAGUAUACUAGCAAACAAUUCAAUGGCACUUUUAAAAAGUAAUGUCAUGAGAAAGCUGGGUUUAUUACAGGAAUGCAAGAGUAAUUUAAUAUUGGACAACCCAUUAAUUUCAUCAUAAAAGAGUCGAGAAAAAUCAUAUGGUUAUCUCCAUCUUUGUAGAAAAGACAUUUAGCAAAAUUGAGUGCUCAUUAAAUAUAGUCAGUUAAGUAGAAAUUGAUGAGUAAUUUAUUGGCAUUUUAUCUGCUCAAACCCAGCAUCUUAACAAGAGGCUUUCCAACCAAAUUCAGGAGCAAAGCCCAUUGUCUCCUCUACUUUGUGUUGGGGGAUUUAGUCAAAUGAAAUUG